AUGCUUCACCUUCGGAUCGAAACAUGUCUCUUGGGAUUUGACUGUCAUGUGCGUCGGCAUGCGCCUCUUGAAGUGAGGCAAAGGUGGAUCGCUCAACAUGGAUUUCUUUCGUCGACCGUAAGCGGAAGGAACCGUGUUGCGAUGGAGACCUGGCUGUUGCAGGAGAGUCCUGGUGUAGGUGGACUCGUGGGAGAGCUGGGUUGGUUGGGUUUUGUGACGAGUGAAACGAGGCCAACUAGACGCAAUUUGAAGUUCAGCUGCAACUGGAUACUAGGAGGACGAUGAAGGUGGGAUAUUGUGCGACUGCACGUUUCUCUCGGGGCAAUGGAAUUGCUCGUGGGACUCGAGUGUUCCAGAAGUUUAACCUCUGGGGGCCUCUGACAUCCGCACUGUGAAGCUGGAGACUGAUUUAUUCGAUGUAUGCGAUCGAGAAAGAAACAUCAAUCAUCCUUUCAUAGAUUACAUGUCUCCGAGAUCCUUCGACCCUCUUUGCCGUUCCCCAAUUUCCGAAAUGAAAUGUCCAAAUAGAAUGAAGCUAGGAGAAGGGCGGCUGAAGAAGAAUCAUAUGGGUAUGAUAAUUUAAGAUAAAUUCAAUGCAAAGUACCGUUUCAUUCACCGUCGAUUUCAUCAGCCUUGUAACACAAGGCUGAUGAAAUCGACGACAGGGAAGGGAUUGACCUUGUGGUGUGGAAGUGCUCGCUCC